AUGUCACAGAGAAAAUUGACCCUUUUCAUCGAGGAUUGGCAGGAGCCAUUGUACAACGGAGCCAAUGACAGUGAUUUAUCAAAAUUACUAAUCUACACAAGUGCUCAGAAGGCCAUGCUUGAUGCUAUAAAUGAGCUCCAUGCUCUUACUGAUGAAGUAAUCUCUUACAGGACUACAGGCUCUGUGUCGUCGGGGAUUCCUUCCCUGAUGAGCCAUGCAAUGCAAACAAGAGAACGAGCAAAGGGGUUAUACCGCUCUGCCCUCAGAUCAAGAGUUUCGGACGGCUCUUGGGAUCUGGAGGAACUUUUCAAAGAGCUGGAUGAAGAACUUCUGCGGUCCACCGGAGUAUUGAGACUCUACCAAAGAAGGGGCAGCUAUUAUUAA